CUCAACUUGCAUCAAUUCAACUCUUCCAAGAUUCCUUUCCUAUAUACAUACAUACAUACACCUAUCAGAUUCACAAGCAACACUUCGGCCUAGCCGGAAUUCCUCCUAUAAUCCUGCCUCUCUUUUAGACUAAACGAUAUGACGAAUGUUUUUAAAACAAAUCGACCUCACUACUGCCCUCAGGCCGUCCUAUCUACCCGACGAAGUACUACUCUUUGUCCAGGACAACGUGGGGCUCUAUGAGGGAAAAUACAAACUAGCCAAUCAGCAAAAUGGUCAAGUCUACCUGACUUCACAUCGAAUAUGCUACGUCGAUAAACAGGAGCCUAGAAAGCACUCCGUUGCUCUAGAUCUGAAAGACGUAGAACGAUACGAAUUCUACGCGGGAUUCCUUAAAUCUUCCCCGAAGGUAACUCUCAUCCCAAAACCAGCCAAGCGAGGUUCUCUCCAAUCUAGAGCGGUGGCAGCGACAUCUACAGCUUCUCGGAACGGUGGAGCAUCGCCUUCGCCAGCAUCCGAUUCCGCAUUCCGUUCCCCCUCUACCAGCACGCCUCAGACUGCCUCGGCGACAUGGAUAUGUACGAUAUGCAGUUUCCCGAACCCGGUUCCGUCCAACUUCGACCCAACGACAGCAAAUGCGCAUACCCCACUACCACCGUGCCUGGCAUGUGGCAUCAAGCCGGCAUUGACACACAUCCUUAAAGCCUCUAUAUCCAAUGCCACCAGUAGACAGGUGACCUCUUCUGCGCCUACACAUCAGUCGCCGUUUGCGCUUCCGUCUCGACCACAGAGUACCGGCCUGGCAGCCAAUGACGUCGGCGGCCCGGAAGGAGGCGUUUCUUCGCCAAAUAGGAGGACUGGCUCAGCAACCUCGGAUGGCUUUCAAUGUCCUCGUUGCACUUUCCUCAACCACCCUUCUCUUCUGUCUUGCGAGAUAUGCGGCGCGCCCCUAAUCUCCCACGAUGUUCCCAUAGCCGCUGUAGCUGGUCAACCAAGAACAGAUUCGCCGGGGCCUACACUCAAUGUGGCUAGUGUUGCUGGCUUAGAGAAUCCAGAGAGUGUCAAGGUGUCUUUCCGAGGCGGAGGGGAUAAGAUAUUCUACGAGCGAUUGAAGAGCUCUAUGACCCAGCGUAAAUGGCUUUUGCAAGAAGCACCACCUGUCCCCAACGGAGGCUCCAAUGAUGUACGCUCCGAUUCAUUAUCGGCGUCGGGAUCAGGAACUAGUCGAAACAAGACUGCCGGCAUCGCUGGAUUAGAGAAGAUGGGCCUAGACAGGCGCAAGAACAACGAAUUGGUCAUUGGAAGUGCCUUCGAGGACCUUGAAGCAUUGAUGGCUUCUGCCAAAGAGAUUGUAGCGCUUGCAGAGUCAUUCUCUCGACAGGUCAACGGCGGCACCGAAAAGGCAACAUCCGAAGCAAACGCCUUGCUCGCCGAGUCCGCUAGCCAGUUGGGACUGGUGACUACCAAGGACAUUGUUGGUGGCUCGGGUUCUGAAUCGCUUUAUUUAUCCGAAUUGGCUAGAAAUCUUGCAGAGUUCCUAACAGACGACGCCAGAGGUGUACUCAAGAAAGCUGGCGGAAUUAUUAGCCUAGUCGAUUUAUGGGCUAUGUUCAACCGUGCUCGCGGAGGCGUUGAGCUUGUAAGUCCCAACGACUUCGAAAAGGCUGCCCGUAUGUGGGGUAAAUUGAGAUUGCCAGUUCGACUACGUACUUUCAAGAGUGGGGUGAUGGUUGUCCAGAGUCGCGAUCAGACGGACGGAACUACAAUUAAGGCAUUACUGGCGUGGCUCCGGGAUCUACAUGAUAUCCCGCCAGAUAGAGAUGUUACCUGGGAUUGGCAGGAGUUCGGUCGCGGCGUUACUGCACAGGAUGCCGCCGAACGAUUCGGAUGGAGUAUUGGCGUUGCCGAAGAGGAGCUCGAGAUGGCCGAAGAAAAAGGAGUUCUCUGUCGUGAGGAGGGCAUCGAGGGUCUCAAGUUCUGGGAAAACUACAUCGACACGGGAGAAUAUCGUAAUAGGCCGCGGCAACGUAGUGACGGAGACAAGAUCAUCGAGGCCUUGAGUACAGCUGGUUUGCUUUAGAUAAACACCUUAGAUCAUGACCAGAGAUGCAAAUUGAAUGCCCAAUGAAGC